AUUACUCACUUGUAAUUGUGUUUUAAGUCAUCGAAGGAUGUUGUUUCAAUUAUAGAGCGAUGGCAAUAACCGUGUACGAUCGAAGAGCAGGACUUCCUUUGGUUGAUCGUCUUUUUAUUCGUUGAACCUCGAACCAGUGAACGCGGAAUCGAAUAAACCGUCCCGACGAGAAUCAAAGCAUAACUCGCGCGCAAACGUAGCGCCAUACGUUUACUUGUUCCCCGGCCCAGUGUUACGAAUACGACGGAUACGAGGAAUUUCAACCGCAGCGCCGUUCGGAAUAGUAAAACUCGAGCUACGGGCCGAGGGAGCAAUACGCGUGUGCGUAUAGCAGACUUGUGCGUGUUUGUACUCGUGUCAGUUUUGAACCUCAAAAGGUUCGUCUCGUCUUUCGCCGGAAACGAAAAAGAGAACCGUCGGUCGUUCGCCGGCAAUAGCUCAACGUUCGCGUACGAUAGUCAGGCGAGGCGCGAUUAACGACGAUGAACAAUUACGCGGUAUACCUGGUGAUCUUUCUGUCGGUUGAUCUGUCGAUUCUAUUGGGCCACGUAGCCGGCUCGAAGGUGUUACAAAUUCGUGGCAUACCGGUUGCAAAGAAUUCGCUGUAUUCGGCGGACCGGGAUUUUCAGUGCCUCGACGGUAGCCUGUUAAUACCGUUCGCCCAGGUAAACGACGAUUAUUGUGAUUGCGCCGAUGGUAGCGACGAGCCAGGUACACCUGCGUGUACCAAUGGCUCGUUCUACUGCGAGAACUCCGGUCACAAGCCACGUUACAUACCUUCGACCUGGGUAAACGACGGGGUAUGCGACUGUUGCGAUGCAAGCGACGAGUACAGCUCGGGCAUGGAAUGCCCGAACAAUUGCAACGACCUCGGGAGAGAGGCCAGGUUGGAGCAGCAAAAAGCGGAGGAGUUGAUCAGGGAAGGCAACAAGAUAAGAGUCGAAAUGAUUGCCAAGGGCAAACAGCUUAAGACUGAUUAUCAGUCGCGUUUGAUCAAGCUGCGCGCAGACUACGAAGAAGCCGAGCUGAUGAAGAAAGAGAAAGAAUUGCUCAAGAGUCAGGCGGAGGAAAGGGAGAACGCGGCUUUGGAAAAGUACAAGCCUGCUGAACCUGAGCAACCUGCUGCUGAAGAUGGAGAGGAGGAGGAGGAAUUACAGGAAUACGACGCUGAAGAUUACUUCAAGGUCUUGGACUCUGACAACAGUGGUACCAUAUCAGUUGCGGAGCUCCAGACCAGAGUCACUUUCGACAAAGACAGGGAUGGAGUGAUCACCGAGGAAGAGGCAAUGUUCUUCUUGAACAACAAGAAGGAAAUUGGUGUUCAAGAGUUCGUAGAAUCGGCAUGGUCGACCAUCAAGCCGUUCUUGAUGUUGGAACAAGGUGUGUUUAAAUCGGCGGAUCAGAAGGAAGGAUACGAGGAGGAUGACCACGAUCCCGAAGAACAGACGGAACAAGAUAAAGAAGAGGACGAUGGUACCGAGGAAGAGGCAGGAGAUGCACAGGAGAAACCAGAAGAACCUCCAGUGCAAUACGAUGAGGAAACGCAAGUCCUGAUCGACGAAGCGACGCAAGCCCGCGAGAAUUUCCAAGCGGCCGAAAAGUCCGUGAGUGAGUUGCUUACAGAGAUCAGAAAGCUCGAGGAAAAAUUAGAUCGCGACUACGGCGUCGAUCAAGAAUUCGCGCCUCUCGACGGCGAAUGUUUCGAGUACGAAGACUUGGAGUACGUGUAUACCUUGUGCUUAUUCUCGAAAGCCACGCAGAGAUCAAAAUCCGGUGGUAGCGACAUAAUCUUAGGUCACUGGUACGAUUGGAGCGGAUCGGAGAGUGAGAAGUAUUCGAAGAUGAAGUACGAUCGCGGCCUCACCUGUUGGAACGGACCCGCGCGUUCCACGAUGGUCAGCUUGGUUUGCGGCAAGGAGAAUAAGUUGAUCUCAGUCACAGAACCGAGUCGGUGCGAAUACGCGAUGGAGUUCUCCACACCGACGCUCUGCAAUCCUGGCAUGGUGGCCACCGAUACACACGACGAAUUGUAAAACAUCGAGUACGCGCUUCCUACGAUUGUGCGGCUUACAAACGGUAGGGAUAAAUAACGAACCGCGCCGAUUAAUUUGCGGAGGUUUCAUUGAUCGCGCGUUGCACAAUUUUUUCCGGCAAAUCAAAGAUGAGCAAGGCCUUGGAUGGAGAGCCUAGUCAACCCCUAAUAGCGUUUACGUAUAAUGAUAAUUCUUUCGUCGAUCGAAUGAUCCGCGGUCGGUUGUUUAUCCUUACGCUCAAAUUUCCCUCGUCGUUUUAUUCGUGCAUUGAGCAAACAGAAUUCGCGUACCGAUAACGUCGCGAGUGAGUGGUAUCGGUGAGAAACCAGUUUGCUUGAACGGUAGAGAAUGUUUGCCGAGGGACAGUUUUAAUAUCCGUGAGUAAUAAUAAAUCGAUCGUUCGUCACGCGGUCAUUGCCAACGUAUCGUGUCACUGUCACAUACAUUCCUCUUUUUGUACGAGGUAAAUUUCUACGAAGGCGUUACCCGAAGACACGACGACGCGGUCUACGGAACAUCGUGGAGACGGACUAAAACAAUUAUACACCUGCUGCACGAACACGCAUCACACAUGCAAGAGUGAAAAAAUGAUUCGGUGUAAACCGUUUUACAAAUUUUUAAAUCGCCACUCGUAGAAAUUGUAUUUAGUGGGUCGAGGCUGUCGAGGUAUUUUAUAAUUUUCUAAGGAUGCGCCCGUCUUGUCACGAGCCAUCGCAAAAUGUGAAUUUAAUAAAGAGAAAAAGAAUUCUGUUGUCCAACUGUAAUUA